AUGAACGCAGAUACGUCUGUGUCGUACUACGGUAUGACAUCCAUGGAUUCAUACUAUUCACCAACUCCAGGUCAGGAAAGAGUUCAACAGGUCAACCCUUACAGCGACUCGAAAUACAGCCCCACUUUCCCAGCCGGGAAAGGUCAAGUUUACGGGGACAAGCCGCGGAGUCCUUUCCAGCAAGACUAUCAGGAUAUCACAGCCGAAUGCAUCUAUAACAAAUAUCAUCUUUUUAUGCAAAGACCCACAUGUAAAACACCCUCCGAGGACAGCAAACUACUCCGGGACGACGCGCUUAUCUCCUGCUAUGGUAAAGAUGGCACUGGAGUAACAGACACAGAGCUGCCUCAAUCUGGUGACAGAGUAAUGGACGCUAGUUGCCUUGAUGUAAAAGACCCCGGGGUGAAAAGCCCACAUGAACACCCUGUCUCCGAGCAUGGCAGUCAUCUGGAAAAGAGCGAAGCGGAAAACAACAAAAGCAAAAAGAGGCGGAACCGUACCACCUUCACCAGCUAUCAGCUGGAGGAGCUGGAAAAGGUGUUUCAGAAGACACAUUAUCCAGAUGUCUACGCCCGGGAACAGCUGGCUCUGAGGACAGAUCUUACAGAAGCAAGGGUCCAGGUGUGGUUUCAGAAUCGCCGUGCUAAAUGGAGGAAAAGAGAACGAUUUGGACAGAUGCAGCAAGUUCGGUCGCACUUCUCAACGGCCUAUGAACUGCCUCUACUUACACAAGCAGAAACUUAUGCACAAAUUCAGAACCCUUCAUGGUUAAGUGGAAGCAGCGCGGCGUCACCAGUGCCUGGAUGUGUGGUACCCUGUGAGACAGCAGCGUCCUGUAUGAUCCCUCACCCUCACUCUGCCAGCGGCAUGUCUGAUUUCCUGGGUAUGCCCAGCCCAGAUGGGAACAUGGGACAAACGCACAUGGGCGGUCUUUUCGGCAACCCGGGGGCGUGUGCCACCAUUAAUGACUUUGAGCUCAACGUUGAUCCAGAUCGUAAAUCCUCCAGCAUCGCCAGCCUGCGUAUGAAAGCAAAGGAGCACAGCGCUGCCAUCUCAUGGGCCACAUGAUGCCUUCAUCUGGGACACAAAAGAGCAAACAACCUCAGCCAUGAGCUGUCAGCACUAAUGAGGUGAAAGUUUAUGCCAUCUGGACCCAAUAUGGACCAGAGAAACAGCAGCGAAUAAACAGAGCUUUAAUAUUGAACAUUUUGUAGAGGACGUAGAUGAUGCUGCAAGACAGAAUGUGAGAGAUCUGAUGGAGCAGUUACAAAAUGGCGACUGCUUUAUGAAACCGAAUUCUCAUGGACCACAUUUGAAAAAAGGUAACAGUAUGCACAACUGUUUAUGCCCAAAUGGACAUUCGAACAAAUGUUGCCUUUACCACACCUUGGGUUAUGAAUAAAUGAGUGUUGGAAUCCCAGUAGUGGCAGUGUUUAGUCAACAGGUGGUAAUACUCUUUGCAUGAUUCCUGUAGUCACAUUCACAACUGCUGCUGCAUCAGAAUGCUUUACAUUCAAUCUAAAAACCUAAACGCAUAAAAUAGCAGAUAUUGUAAGUACAUUUAUACAAUCAUUUUAUUACAGUUUACUAAAACUAAAUAUUCUUUAUGAAAUUAGAAUUGUGCCUCAGCAAUGAACUCAAAUAAUUUUAAGCUGAGGCACUAGAAUUAUUAACAGAAAAUAAAAUAGUAAAAAUUCUGUCACCAUUUACACACCAUCGAGUUGUUCCAAAUCUGUAUCAAUAUGUUCUGAUGAACACCAAGAAAGAAUGUUUGUAACCAAACAUCUUGGCCACUCCUGACUACCAUAAUAGGGAAACAUUACAAUGGUAGUCAAAAGUUCCCCAGAACAGUUUUUUCCCUUCAUUCUUCAAAAUAUCUCACUUUACUAUAACUUCAAUUAAAUAAUACUGCAAUUUAAAAAAAUAAAAACAUAAAUGAUAAUAUGCCAUAAGCACAUAUAAAAUUGCCAAAAAUAUAUAUAUAUAUUUGUUAAAUUACAAAUAAAACAAUAAUAACUUUAGCUCUAUCAAAAGGCUUUUUAUAAUAAUGCUUGUUCCUAAUUUAUCCAUCAGAAACAAUUGUUUAAAACUUGUCUCUGUACUUCCCUUACUGAUUGGGAGCAAAGAUUCAACAGCUACACCUCUCAAACAACACAACCAACAGACAGGACACAAACCCACUGUGUCCUUGUCUCCUUGCAACUCAAAUGGAGUGACAGCUAUUCUACAGUAUAUAGGCCAGGGUUUGAUCCAGAUCUGUGAAGAACAUACCUGUUUUAUGUUCUCUAUGCUCUACUUAUUCCAGAACACAAAAUGUCCUCUGCUAAAGUUCCAGGCAUACUCGAUUGAAUUACAGCCACCAUUCUGAAAACUAGAGGUUACAGGACAAUGUUUCCAUAUACAGUAUGUUGUAAUGUUGUGUUUGUUUUGUAUCACUGGGACACGAGCUGAGCCGAAACACAAUUAUAACCUCAUUGAUGUUUUGGCUCGAUGAGGCAUCAGGACCGUUGCACCAGGUCAGUUUCUCUUGCAACAUACAUGGGGUGUGCAGGCUGGGUUAAUCAAAACCCAAAGGCCCUGCUUCUUGUAAACCAGGACUCCGUGCUUUCUUGAUUCGAUGAUGGGAGAGACCAUUGAAUGGGUGCCAUUAUAGUUUACUUGCCAAUAAUGCUCUGAAAGAGAAAAUUUACCAUUUAUCUUUAAAAAAAACAUUUUCAAUUGUUAGUCAUAGUCUCUUUAGUUGGGAUGAAAUAUACACAAUAUAUAUAAACAAUACAGUAAAGAGCUUACAAAAUCCAUUAAAUUAGCAGCACAUUGCACCUUGAGUUUUAUUAAAUGUAAAGUCUAAAAGUCAUUUGGUUAUCACAUCAAAAGGAUGAAGACAGAACUCAGUGAGGAAGGAUAUAGAUCAUUUUGUAAAAGCAUCGACCCCUUGCUAAUCUAUAAUUUCCUCAGUUUAAAUACUACUAAGACAUGUAGAUUCAAUGUAUAUUUUCAUUGUUUUUUGUUUGUUUGUAAGUCAGCAACUUUGGAUAAUAUGGUAAUCUGCAUACUAUGUGUGUUUGAUGAAUGUUGUGAUUAUUCUUGAUAACUAAUUUUCAUUUGUAAAAUUUUGAUUAAAUCAUUAUUGAACAUACUUCAGAAGUUUGACGUCAUAUUGUCUGUAACAUGGGUCUAUAUUAAAUUCACAAAUGACGUGUGUUUUGAUGGCGUAUAUAAAGAAGGAAG